AGCUGAGGAUUCCUUUUCUAUCUUUCUUAUCUUUCAUCACUCACUCACAAAAAAGCAAAACAAUCCAGAGAGAUGGAUCAAAUACAACCUGAUUUUCUGAAGAAACUUACCAAGUUCGUAGUAAUUUCGAUAUGGGUUUCAUCUCUUUUAAUCACUCACAACUGCUAUCUGUAUAGAUUCACAAUUCAACUCGUAACACACGCGGUAGAUAAGAACUACAUGUUCCUACUCUGCAAUGCUCUCUUAGCGUUUGUCGCUAAGUGCAUCGCCACGUCAAAACCACUAGAGGAAGGUUGGAGCAAGACAGAAAAAACCUUUGACUACCGAGAUUUCGAGAGUUACGAUGCCAUAUUGGAGCUAGAGUAUUACCCUGUGCAUGAAAAAGAAACAUAUUCUUUUCUUGCACAGGAAACUAGAACAAACGAUCAAGAAACCGAAGAAGAGAAAGAAGAUGAAGAAACCAAAGAAGAGAAAAAAGAUCAAGAAACCAAAGAAGAGUAUGAUGAGCCAUUAACUGAUAAUGGUGAUUUAGAGGAAGAAUGUGAUAUUCAUGAGGGAUUUAAAGAAGAGGAUCAGGAUAAUGUGGGAGUGGUGACGGAGGAAGAGAUGAACAAGAGAUUCGAUGAGUUCAUUAGAAAGAUGAAGGAAGAGCUUAGAAUCGAGGCUAAACGGCAAUUGAUCGUUGUUUGAUUUCUAGUUAAGUUUUAUGUUUAAACUUAAGCGAAUGCAAUAAGGUCAUAUAGAGAGAGUUUUCUAGACUCUUCUUCAUGUCAUCUGUACUUUGAGUAUCUCUUUUAAUGGAAUAUUUCUUAUAUACAA